AGCUCGGGAUGGGCGCAGCCGUGGCGCGCCGCCCAGCGCUUUCUUAGCGUGCUUUGGGUGACGUGCGCAUGCGCUAUGUAAACCCCAUGAGUCGUUCUGCAGCUGCGGCUCUGGACUCGAUGCUCUAUCUCCUGGCACACAGCAUCAUAUUUGUUCACCAGAGAACCGAGCAGAGCUGUGCUAAAACCUGCGGGUACAGAUGCCCGCUGCGCCGUCUCGUCUCCUCCCGCACAGUCGCUUUGAGGAAAAAACUGCUAACGCUCCUCCGGCUGGCGACUUCCUUGCAUGACCACAGCACCUGGAUUGCCUUAUACGUUUGGCUGCCAUGAUGCUUGGGUUACAGGGAAGUACUUCGACCCCCAAAGUGUAUCGUUGUGUGGCAUGUUCAGCCACCUUCACUGGACUGUCCUCCUUGCUUGUACAUCAGGCAACCCAUGCCAGUGCACUCGCCAAGGUCCCUGCCCCUUCACAGCCUAGCACCAGCCCGCCUGAAACACUGUUUGCAAGUAUGGACUCAUCCCGUGAGCACCUUAGUCCACCGGCACUCUUACCUGACAGCCAUUCUCCUUCUUUCUUUAUUUGUGAUUGUGGAGAGGAGUUCCAGGACUUUAACCGUAUGCUGCAGCAUAAGCAAUCGCAUAUCUCUCCACCCCAGCUUCUGCCACCUCUGGAUAGUAAUCGUGUUCGCUCUAGUGGAAUAGGGUGUGAUAAAGUCUUUUCUUCCCAGCAUGUAUUAUUUAUUCCAACUGUAACUCAGCCAGGUUUGGUUCUUAGUUGCCCCUCUACCUCAAGGUUUCCAGCUGUUGAACUACCCACAUUAACAGACGAUAAAGGAGACUUAAGCCUGGAGGACGGCAUUUCUAUAGUAACCACUCCUCAAGGCCAGUGUACUCUCCCUCGAGAUUCCAGUGAGAAACAACUUGAGACCAUGUCAGCCACAGCAGAGGAAAUACCAGAGACUGUAGAGGACAUUUGUUUGCAAAGCAAAACUAAUUCUGUUCCCAGCAACAAAAAGGAUGAGAGUUUGCCCAGAAAUAACUCCCUAAUGAAGUUGCUGGCAUCAGCAUACAUGAAGCGUUUUCCCCGUCCUAUGUCACAGAAUCAAAACAAUGCAGUUACCCCAAAACAAGAAGUUGUUCCUGUUGAUGUAACGCCAGUUGCAAAAACUGAGAUGUCCCCGAUAAACGAUCUCUCGAUUGCACAGUUGAGGCGACUGCUUGCAAAACCUGGGAUAAAGACAAAAGCUCCAUCCAUCAGUAGAAUUCUUGAGUGCAGUAAGAAAAGGGUUGUCUCUCUGACAAAGACUUUCUCACCUGUUGUGGUUCUUGAAACCCGUCAAAAGCUCCUGGCUCCUGGCAGUAAUGGCACAUAUGGGAGAUAUCAAUGUGGCCGCUGUCGACGGGUCUUUCAAAAUUUGGAGAGACUGACAGAGCAUCAUUUCUUGCACAAAAAAGAGAGGAUUCAAUGUUGUCGUCGUUGCAAACAGCUUAUCAUUGGGCGGCUGCCUUUACCUGACAAUCACGUAUGCCCUCAGUUAGUAAACGCAACCAUACAUCCAUCAAGCUCGUUAAAUAAAAAGUCACCUUUCCCCCAGAAAAUAGUGCCAUUCCACAGUCUAAGCAAUUCCAAAAGAGUCUUCUUUUGUCCAUUGUGCAAGCACAGCUAUGCACGCAGGUGGAACCUCAAAAUGCACAAAUGUCAGGGCCCAGGCUCGGCCCCUUCUCCGCAGGCCGAUCCCGCCAUUCAGAAUGCGCCAGUAUUGAGAUCCAACGGUGAAGCCAAAACAGAUGCGGGGGUUAACGCUGGAUCUCAUCUCAACAGGAAUGUUGCCGUAGGCACUGAAGUUACUGGUCACAUCAAGGUUGAGGUGACCUCUCCAAAUUCACAGCAGUCUACAGUUUCAAAGUUGGCCUGGACUCACCCAGCAAAAAGCUUCCCGCCUUUCUAUCCCAAAUCUUCCACGAACGAGCACCAAAAAAAUGCCUCUCUGUGUGGGAUUUCGCUCCAGCAAAGACAAGAACUCAGCAGCUGGGAUGCAGCAGUAGCGGUUGAUGAUCAAGCUACGGAUGAAGGGGAGUGGACAAUGCCCUUGGAUGAUGAAAUGGAGGUUAUUGGCUCUACAAAGAAAGCUGGUAAUGACACACAGGUGAAGAAGUCGGCAGAGACCUCGAACCUGCGCUAUUUUGUCCAAGAUGGUGUGAAACGUUACCCGUGUAACAGGUGUCAGAAAACCUACAGUCGGCCAUCUACUCUGAGGCGCCAUCUACGGCUGUGCGGAUUUAGGCCGCGCGGAGCUGUAGCCCAGAGUGGUGGGCAUGGUGCCACUCCACUAACUGCCAUCCAUACGAAACCAAUGUUUGCUUGUUUUGUCUGCGGUAAGACCUUCAACCGCAAAGAUAACAUGAUGGUUCACAGAAAGAGAUGUCAGUUGCUACGAACAAUGGAAGAUGGUGGACAGGGAGAUACACAGACUGUGCAGCAGACUGUGCAGCAGACUAUGUCGGGUGUUGCAGCAGACUGUCAAACCAAGGAGGAGGAUGGAGGAAACUGGGGCAUCAUGUCACUGCCCUCUGUACUUCCGAGGAGGGUGACGUGCGAGUGUGGGGUUGGAUUUACAUCCCCGAGGCUUCUCCUGGAGCAUCUGCAGAAGCAUGCACAGGAAUCCUACACGUGUCCAACUUGUGGAGAGACUGUUAAUUCCUGGGCAGACUAUGAAGUUCAUCUGCAGAUCCACAUGCAUCCUCAUCACCAGCUGCUGAAGGGACUUCAACCCCAACGAUCACAACCUCUGCUACUUAGAUUUCAGCAGCAGCCACCUAAGAAGCAGCAGCAGCAUCAGUUGCCUAAGAAGAAGAAGAAGCAGCAGCCACCUCAGUCAGUGCAUCAGCCUCCGCAGAGGCAACCACACGCAGAGCAGGUUGCGAAUCCAACAAAGAAGCAGCAGCGGAUUGUAUGCACACGAUGUGGCAACACUUUCUCCACUCGCUGCUCCCUUCGAAGGCACUUAUCCUGGAAUCGAUGCAAAGGUGUGCGGGCUACAAAUCCCUCAAACCCGCCCAAAACGUACCACUGUUCCCACUGCAACUCUGACUUCCCAAACACAAUCAGUCUCAUGUUCCACCAGAGGAGCGGGGCUUGCAAGCCCGCCAUCAAGCCUGUGCGUUGCCCUGUUUGCCUUCGCUGGUUUGGCACUAUGGACGGAUUACAGAAACACCUGCUUACUCACAAACAAUCUGAAUCAUAUUGCUGUGAUGUCUGUCAGGGUACAUACCCAAACCUGAAAUCCCUUAAAAACCACCGCAGGAGGAUUCAUCGCAUCAUGGCUGGAGACGCAAAGCCAAGAACACAAAAACAGCUGACUUCUUAAUGACAACAAACAAAUGGCUACCGUGGGAGUGGUGCACAUAAGAACAGAUACAUUUGAGUAUAGCUUGUUCUUUCCAUAUGUGCCAAUUGUAUUUUCAUGAAGUUUUUUUUGUCACACUGUACAGCUACAAAUAAGUGUGUUUUUUUUAAAAUUUAUUAUUAAUGUGUUAUUGUAGCUUGCCACUAUAAAAAAAAACGUAGGAAAAAAAGCUUUGGUGUACAGUACAUGUUUUUGUUUGAUCAAAUUAAUCCCUUUAUUAUAUAGCUCCAUUAGCCUGUAAAUGUUUCUUAACAUUUGGUCAUCAAACUUUUAUCAGAGUUUGUGAUGUAGCUAAUUGUUGUUUCUGGUGUUAAUAAACAUACCAGUUGUAAAACA